AUGUCUCAAAUUCAUUUAUCACAAUCUUCAUUUGAAGAGACGUGUGAAGAACUUGAUACGUUAUUGCUUUCUCGUUAUUCAUCAACGUCAAUUGAUAAUCCCACCUCCUCUUCUUCCUCUUCUCCAACUUCGUCUCCAAAUUCAUCAGCUUCAUCAUUUCGUGCGUACACUUCACCAAAAAUUCCGACAAGAAUAAUAGAAUUUUAUAAAGAACAACACGAAAAACAAACCGUAUCUAAUGUAAUUGAAAAACGAUCAAAGUUUUCUUUGCUUAAUAAUGCAAAAUUAUGCGUUUGGGAAGCGUUGGAAUUAUUAAAUACCUUGGUUGACAACUCGGAUCCUGAUACGCAACUUUCCCAAAUCGAACAUUGUUUACAGACCGCCGAAUCUUUAAGGAAGGAUGGUCAACCUAGAUGGUUAAUUUUAACUGGAUUGAUACACGAUUUAGGAAAACUCUUGUUUUUCUAUGGAGCCGAAGGACAAUGGGAUGUGGUUGGAGACACAUUUCCUGUUGGAUGCAGAUUCUCUCCAUCGAUAAUUUUUCCAGAGUUUUUCAAGAACAAUCCUGAUUAUAACAAUCCAAAAUAUAACACAUUAUACGGGAUUUACGAACCGAAUUGUGGCUUGGAUAACGUGUUAAUGUCUUAUGGUCACGACGAAUACAUGUAUCAAGUUGUAAAAAAUUAUUUACCGGCAGAAGCCAGUUAUAUAAUUAGGUAUCACUCAUUUUAUGCACAACAUCGUGAAAAUGCCUAUACGCAUUUAAUGAAUGAAACCGAUCAUGAAAUGAUGAAAUGUGUCAAAAUCUUUAAUCCUUAUGACUUGUACUCGAAAAGUGAUCAAUCCCCUAACGUUCAAGAAUUAAAACCUUACUACCUUGAAUUAAUUCGUGAAUAUUUCCCUGAAAAAAUUUGUUGGUAA